CCUAACCAUGUGAACGAUUCCCAAGAACAAACUUGUUCCAACAGGACGCUACCCAUCGAGACCCACCAUGCCCUUUGUGGUGCCUUUGCGCAGAAGGGGGUGAUAUUCGCACAUUCCACGUCUCUCCUCUCUCCAAUCACACAAUUUAAAGCCUUGAUAUGCGUAAUUUUAAAGCCCAUUUUAGACCCAAUCUCAAACGCAUAUGAGCAUCAAAAUCACACAAUCUGAAAACCCUAGGGCUCAGGUUUUCCUCUCGCGUGAAACUUAAAACAAGCAGCGAAGCUUCGGCGACAACAUCAGAUGACCUUCUGACAACUUCCAGAGACUCCGAAGGCUUCCCCCAAGCUGUUUUAGAGUUUUCAGUUUUCACCAACUUCAAGUUCCUGAAGCGCCCAUUACAAAAAGUUGAUUUACUAUUCUAUUCUACAGGGGAAACUUCUAUAAUUUUUUACUGGAAUUUGAUAGAUCAAUAGAAUAUUGAUAUUUCAUCUUUGCCGUGGGUUGAGGUUCUCUGUAAUCUCUAGACAUGCUUAAGGUCCCUGCUCAUCAAGUUGCUGGUCAUCAAGCCCGUGAUGGAAAGCUUGGACCCCUUGUGGAUGAUUCUGGGCGCUUCUACAAGCCUCUCCAAAGUGAAGAACGUGGAGCCGGUGAGUUGGCAUUCUAUACAUCAUUUUCUUCAAACACAAGGAUCCCAGAUCAUGUUCGCAGGUUCUUUCCUAUCUUCUAUGGCACUCAGCUUUUAGAGGCAUCUGAUGGCUCUGGUCUGCAUCCUCACCUUAUUCUGCAAGAUCUUCUCUCAAGUCGCCUCAACCCCUCCGUUAUGGACGUUAAGAUGGGCUCAAGAACCUGGCCCCCUCAAGCAUCUGAGGACUACAUUCAAAAAUGCCUGAAGAAAGACAGGGAGAGCACAAGUAUCCUAUUGGGAUUCAGGAUAUCAGGGUUGGAAGUCUUUAAGAAUAAAGAAACAGGAUACUGGAAGCCUGAAAAGAAUCUUAUCCAGAACUUAUCUGUGGAGGAUGUUAGAUUAGUUUUGAGAAAGUUUGUUUCUUCUAAUGGAUCAACAGAUUUGGAUUUGGAACCUAAUUGUUCUUUCGCAUCAACUGUAUAUGGCGGGUCUUCAGGGAUUUUGGCUCAGCUGCUGGAGCUGAAAGCAUGGUUUGAGGAUCAAACUAUUUUCCAUUUCUAUUCAUGUUCGGUUCUUCUACUAUACGAGAAGGAGUUGGCAUUGGAAGGGAGGAGCUCAGGUGCAGAAGUCAAGCUUGUUGAUUUUGCACAUGUUGUGGAAGGUGGAGGUGUUAUUGAUCAUAAUUUUUUGGGUGGUCUUUGCUCUUUGAUAAAGUUCAUCUCAGAGAUACUUACCACUCCGGGUGAGUACACAAGUAAUGCCUAUCUUCCGGACACUGGGAAGAAGCAGUAUUGUUCUGACAAUUGUAUCGAUCAAUAAAUAGAAUACUCAUUGGUGAGUCUAUUUAAUUGUCUACCUUGCCCACUACUUAUCUUCACUGCUCCAUUGGGAACAUUUGAAUUUAACUACUUUUCGGCUUUGAACAAUUGGACCUUGAGUUUGUCGAGAUCAAUAAAAUUUGUGUUAAUGUAUUAAGCUACUAGUUAAAGAAAUUCUAGUCCAUGCACACUUCUACUGAAAAGAGUCAGAUUCUUAUUA